AUGGAUGCACAAAAUGAUAUUAAUCGGGGAAAAUUCACGUGGAAAAUCAGCUACUUCACUGAGCAGGAUGCGAAAAUGCUUUACUCUGAAGCAUUCACAGUUUCUAGUUGUAAAUGGAGAAUUCUGGUAUACCCCAAAGGGAAUGGCUCGGACCAUUUGUCGCUUUUUCUCGGUGUCCCUGAUUCUGCGACGUUGCCGUGCGGGUGGACCAGAGCUGCCAAGUUCAGCUUGGGUGUGAUUGAUCAAGUCAAUGAUGUUCCCUCUAUUAGAAGGGAGGGGCAAAAUGGUUUCACUGCAAGAGAGAAAAACUGGGGUUUCACAAGUUUCAUUCCAUUGACCGAGCUUCAUAACUGUACUGGGAGAUGCCUAGCAAAUGACACUUUGGUGAUUAAAGCUGAAGUUUGCAUCUUGACGGUUACUUCUCCGGUGAACAUUCAGCCAGCUAGACCAACUGAUAAGUUUGACUCCUAUUUUACUGGUCUGCAUGAAUUUGUCAAUGGUGCUGAGACUCAUGGCGUUAGAGUAGGAGCAAGAAAAUCAUCCGACUUCUUAGCGUUUGAGCAGGACAAUGCUGAGUUUGAGCUGCAUGAACUUCAAAGGGAUCAAAGGUUCUCUGCUAUGAAGAAGAGCCAGGAGACUCACAUCUUGUAUAAGCAGUUAAUGGAUGACCUCAUCAAGGAAGAGAAAGAGCUCAAGAGAAAGACAUGGGAAGUGAAGUCUAGGAAGGACAAGCUUCUCUCAGACUGGGAGAUUUUGCUGGUCGAGUCUGAAGAAGCGAAGUUGGUCUAA